CUAGCACCGUAAUUGUGACUGGGCGCCCCGCGCGCGGCCAGCAGGUAUCCGACAGGGCCGCCUAGCUUGUGUCAAAACCCUCAGGCUAAAGCCUGGCCCUAUUAUUAGCCAGCACGGGAAGUCAGAUUUGAAGGAAUUCUGCUACAAGCUGAGGUUGUGUGCAGGGACGCUGAUGACCCUCUUGCUGCACACCCAGUGUACAGGGCUGAGAAUUGCAGGCAUGCUGAAGGUUUGCGAGGAGCAAAAACCAACGAAUAGACUCAACGGUCAAGGAUCUAGGGAGUUCUGAUCCAUCUCAGAAACUUUGGAGCACGAUUAAAUGGGCAACAGGCAUUCAAAUGGACAGGCCUGAUCACACCAAACUGUGAAUGGGUAAAAUCCUCUAUGAUGUUUCGCAGUGUUUCCACAUCUUGAUCUCUUGAUUACAAGUUUAAAGCAGAUAAAGCUGCAACAUAAAAAACAUGUUUCAAUGAUGGACAGAGUUCAGAAAGGAAGAGAGGUCUGCUUCUUCUAUGCCCUAGUGCUGAAGCAACCACCAUUUGUCUUGGUAAACUGGCAGUAGGGGAAAACCAGGUACCAAAAGGGGGUCCAGACCUUAGCCAGCUGUUCUGUCAGCAGGCCUGAGAAGUCAUGACAUGGCAGGGAAAGAUGAUCUGGGAAGCGCUCCCGUCCCCUACGACACUGCCCCCUCGCUUGGGCCACACCGCCACUCUGGUGGGAGAGAAAACCCUUUAUGUCAUGGGGGGCAGAGAGGGCGAAACUUUCAUGAAUGACGUUUGGACGUUUGACUGUGAGAGCGAGGAGUGGACAUGCUUGACAAAACAUGCCCCGUUCACCCCCCGCGCCUACUCCACCGCCACGCUCAUCAAGGGCCGCUACAUCUGGGUGGUCGGAGGCAGCAAUCAAUCGGACCUCUUUUGCGACAUCCACGUCCUCGACACCCGCAACCACACGUGGAGCAUCCCUCCUCUCCAGGGUGAGCCAAUGGAGAUCGCAGCGCAUGGCGCAGUACCGCACUCCCUCAUCCCCGACGCAAUCCUCCUUUUCGGGGGGUACGCCCGAGUCCGAGAAGACGAGAACGACUUCACCAACAAAGUCUUUGUGCUCCAUACCCAUACCCCCCGCUACGAAAAGCUCACGCCCACGGGCCCCUCGCCGCACAAGCUGGGGUACCACACGUUUACGAUUCUUGGGAAUCGGGUGUUUUCGUUUGGGGGGAAGAACAAGGGGGGGAAGCUGAAAGACCGGCUGCUGUCAGUAUAUGAUGUGGCCAUGAAUGCUUGGUUGGACGUUAAGGUGAAGGGGCUCGGGCCAGUGUCGAGAUCGGGGCAUUCGGCGAUGGCGGUGGGGGGAGGAAGUGUUCUGGUGUAUGGGGGCCGUAGCGGCGCACAGAGGCUGGCGGACUUCAGUUUGCUACAGGUCCUCUCGUCCGACAAUGACCACAAAUGCACCGUCCAAUGGCACCCCCUCCCUGGCACCGCGUGCAACUCUUCCGAACCCACAGACUCUCACCCGGGAGCUCGCUCCGCUCACACACUAAUCGCCCGCAGACGCUCCCUUUACGUUUUUGGGGGGUACGGCGGGGAUAAGCUGACAUACGCCAAUCCUUACGUCCUGCGUUACUUGCCGGCGCUUGACUCUUCAGAGGAUUUGGCCCGCACACCCCCCCCCCGAGUGUCUCCGACGCUGGGGCGGAGGACCCCCCCGAAACGAGUAGGAGUGGAAGCGGGGGUGGAGGAGGGGGCCGGUUGGCGCAGCUCCAAAAGGGCGGAGAUCAGAAAGGCGGUGCUUGCGGCAACGAAACCGGUGGCGUCGGUGGUGGGGGAUAGUCAGCCGGGGGGCCCUGAUGACGAACUAAUGAGUCCUCAUAAAGGACCCGAGCUGAGGAACGCCGCUGACCUGCGGGGGGGCAGAGCGGGGGGAAAGAGGGGCGCGGUUGAGACGGAGGGGGAGCCAGCGAAGAAACGGCAAAAGGGCGGGCCGAGUGCGAGGGCGGCGGCAGCGGAGGGGGUUGCAAGAAAGGAGGCCGGCGGGGGGGGGAGAACGAGGGUUGCGCGUAGGGGGGGGCCUCCGGAGACCAGUAGCAGUGGGGAGGGAGAGGAGUCGCUCGAGCAUGCGGAUGUGACGGAAACGCAAAGUGCGGCGGAACGGGGGGGAACGGGGCAACGGUUCGGGGGGGUCAGCGGAAGGGGUUGGCAGGCCCCCCACGGAAGGAGCCAGCAUGGGGGGGGGGCAGAAAAAGGCGGAAGGGGGAUUGGGGGAACGGAGAAAAGAAACGCAGGUGCAGAGGGGGCUCAAGAAAGGGGGGAUGAGGAGGAGGGCUUAGAAGCGCACCCAGCGGGGGCGUUCGCAUUUGAGCACGAGUCGGAAGAAGAGAGUCCGAAAGGCGCGCGGCGGAGUAAACGCAAGGGGGGGGCCGCUCGAGCUGCGAGGGACCCCCCUGGGGAGGGCCGUUUCGACAAACCGCAAGCAAAAGGGAUGGUGCCGGUGGGGAAGUCGACGGGACUAGCGGACUUCGAGCGGGAGCAUUAUGCAAAGACCGUGCAGAAGCUCGAGCAAGAAAAGGACGCGCUAGAGGGGCUGUUGCAAGAUAAGGUGGCGGCGGUCGCGCACCUAAGCGCAGAAAAGAAAGGCCUUGUCGGGGAGAAGGAUGGGCUGGCGCAGCAGGUGGUGCAGGCGGAGCAGCGGUGGGCCGCAGCCCGGGAUGAGGCCUCGAGAGUCAAGGAGGAGCGGGGGGCGUUGCAGCGGGAGCUGGAUGAGGUCAAAAAGCGGCUGAACCAGUCCGAACGCCAGCGGACGUCCGCCGAGGCGGAGCUGCGGACGGCAACGGCGAAAUUGGACGAGGCUUCAGCGCGGCUCUCGGAGACAUCGCUGCGGCGGGAAGCUCUCGAGGGGACGGCGCGGCGACUGGAAGAGGAACUAGAGAAGGAGCAGCAGCGGGCCGCGGAGUCGCGGCAGAGUCACGAGCGGGAACGGAACACGCUGAAUCAAGUGGCCCACGAGCGCGCGGCAGAGAAGGAGGCGCUGCGGGUGAAGCUGGAGGCGACGGGCGCGCGCAACGACCAGCUGCAGGAGACCGUGAGCACGCUGACGCGCGAGCUCGCGGACAGCCGCGCGCAGGUCGACGACGCGCGCGCGCAGGGGGAGAGCCACCGGGCCGCACUGACGCAGGCCAAGACGGAGAAGGUGCAGCUGGAGGCCGCCAAGGACGCCGCCGAGAAGACGUGCGCGGCGCUCUCCGCGGAGGUCGGGCGCCUGCGCGCGCACAGCGACAAGAUCGAGGCGGAGGAGGGGCGGCUCCGCACUGCGCUGGUGCAGGCGCAGGGCCAAAAUGAGUCGCUCCAAGUCGAGCUGCGACGCGCGCAGUCGGACGCGGCGCGGUUCAAGGACGAGACGGAGCGGCUGCGGUCGGACGUCCGAGAGCAUCAGGAGAUGGCGCAGAAGGUGGAGGGGGAGGCGCGCCAGCUGGCGGAGCAUGCGGCCCAGAUUCGGGCACUGGCGAACCGGCAGCUGCGUCUGCAGCCCCGCGAUCCGGGACUGGGACGGAUGUCGGAACAUGGAUAGGCGGGAAGAAAGGAGGGGGGAUAUGCAGUCUUAGUUGCCGAUAUUGAAAGACUUCUGUACGUCCUGGAGAUGCUUGGUGUGCAUGCAGCAUGUCAAGGUAUUUCAGUCGACUUGGGCAUGGUCCCAUAACUGCUGCAGGUAUACUUCAGUUCAAAACUCUAUUAUGAAACCUCGGAUCGAGUUGGUAGAUAUCGAGGUACUUUUUGGACAUUGACAUUGACACUACGUUAUGCUUUGACUAUGCAUUGGUCGGGAUUGGAAACUGCACUAUCCACGUAAGUCUGGCUGGGUUAUGAAAGAUUGGUGGGCGUCAAAAGCUCUUUCGUUGAGGGUUUGAGACCCGACUCCCUUGG